UCUUUUAAAAGGAGUCGUUCAAACCUAAACGAUUCGUUGUCGAAUCUCUUGAUAAAGCGCUUUCCGUUUCGAGCGCGCGCUGCUGCGAAAAGCCCAGGACACAGAGGAGAGAGCAGUGACUACCUGUCCGAGAGGUGAAUGAUUGCACCAGUGUUAUUUCAAGGACUUCAAAAUGAGACGUCUUGGAGACUGAAAUUAAAUUAGAUCACGAGAACUGCAUAUACUGUCUGGUAUUUGAUUUGGAUCAGUGUGUGUGGUGUGGAUGAACAGUUGGUGAUGGUGGGUGCCCACAUUAACAACAGCACGCAGCCCUGGUUGGGGUGGGAGGUGGAGGUUUGCUCACUCUCUCUGGGUGGCACCACCUUCCUGAUCAUGGCCUACAGCACCAUGCUGGCUGUGGGCCUGGUGGGAAACACUUGCCUUGUCCUGGUUAUCCUGCGCCAAAAGGAGAUGCACAACGUGACUAACGUCUUCAUCGCCAACCUUUCCUGCUCCGACAUCCUCAUGUGCCUCAUAUGCCUGCCCACCACUAUCACCUACACGCUGAUGGACAGGUGGAUUCUAGGAGUGGCUCUUUGCAAAUUGACAUCAUUCGUCCAGUGUCUGUCCAUCACGGUCUCCAUCUACACCUUGGUGCUGAUCACACUAGAGAGGCAUCAGCUCAUCAUCCAUCCUACCGGUUGGAAGCCGGUGCUUGGACACUCGUACCUGGCUGUGGCUGUCACCUGGAUUAUGGGAUGCUUCAUCUCACUGCCCUACCUUUCCUUCACCUUCUUGGAUGACUUGAACUCCCACAACCUCAGCCUUCCGACGAAUCCCUCAGAUGAUCACCUGGUCUGCAUGGAACAAUGGCCAUCGGAGGUGAACCGGUUAGCAUACACUACAUCAAUGCUGGUGUUCCAAUACUGCCUGCCUCUUACACUCAUCAGCGUCUGCUACUUGCGCAUUUUUCUGCGCCUCAGUCACCGCAAAGACAUUAUCGAGAGGACACGGGACGCGCGACAACGAAAUGCAAAACAUGCCAGGCGGAUUAACGCCAUGCUAGCCUCCAUCGUGGCCCUGUUCGCCCUCUGCUGGCUGCCGCUGAACGUCUUCAACGCCAUUUUCGACUGGAACCACGAGGCCCUCACGUGGUGCCACGACGCUGUCUUUUCAGUGUGUCACCUCACAGCGAUGGCUUCAACAUGCGUCAACCCCAUCAUCUACGGCUUUCUCAACAACAACUUCCAGAAGGAGCUGAAGUCGCUGCUGUAUCAGUGCCGGUGCUCGGGGGUUCCGCAGAAUUAUGAGAGCUUCCCGCUGUCUACUGUCAGCACUGAUGUGACGAAAGGCUCCGUUCUCAGCAAUGGCUCUGACAGCAUCACCGUCUCACCGCAACAGCAAGAGAAAGAGUGUUUGUAAAUAAGCACCUCAUACAUGUUCAUUAGACUGAGUUACACCUGUUGGCUUAAGCGCAUGUCUACAUAUGCUCAGUUAUCAUUUGAAAAACAAGAGUGGGUCCAUAUCGCUAUGAACCAGAUCCCAUGAAUUGGACUGCAUUGUUAAACAAGGCUCAUAUAUCAUCAUCAUCCAACUGCUGGGUAGGAUUUGAAGAUGAUUAGUAGCAAACCAGCAUUAUUACUGACCGGACCUCAUGUUCAAAGAAUGUAUCCUUGAUUGAUUUGAGGGCACUGUGCAAAUAUUGAAGAUUAUUUUUUCUUUCUCUCUAACUUUGGUAUUACUUAAAAAAAAAAGUAUAUAAAGGCUUGAAAAAGGUAACUAUCACCCGCUAGUCACAAGGUAGAGCACCAUACACUAAAAUAGGUUGUGUAUCACGUGUUCCUCAGAAAUUCACAGCAUAUAUGUAUGAUCUUGAACACAUACUAAAAACUAAAGAAGGGGGAGGGGCUCCUUCUCAGUCUUGGGGUGAGUCAAUGCGACUGAUGGAAACAUGUACGUCAUCUGAAGACAGUAACAUUACGAGAAAAAGGAAAGAAAAACACAUUCAAGCCAUCCAGUGGUGGAAAUUAAUGGACCAAAGAAGAGGAUGUGUUAAUACUGGAAAGACAAUUUGCACACUGAAGUUGGGACGUUUGAAAGAGUUCACAUAAUAACGGAUACUGUGUCAGUUUUACUUGACUGGCAAGCGACAGUGUUAAGUUAGGGGGUGGGGCUAAACAUCAAAACGAAGUUCUCUGCAUAAGUCAGGUAAACAAAGCAGCUUUCUAAAAUAAUUCAGAGAGGCCUUUAUGUAAAGCCUUGAUGAAAAACACAGUGUUUCUUUGGUCAAAUAUGUUAAAAAUGUGAAUGUAACCACAAGCCACGUUUGUUUUACUUCAAAACUACAAUAAUUCCCUUUAGGUCUGCUUCACCUCUCUUACUUUGCACAGUGUGUGAUUCACUACUGUCACACACAGAUUAGUAGAUCAGUAGAUGCCUCCUAGGUCACAAGGUCAAAGGUGAAGCUAAACUGUAAAUAGCGAAGCAUGCCGUUAGCUGUAAUUAGAAUAUUUUUGAUAAAUAUAGACUGAUAGUUAAUGCUGUAAUAACAUUUGGUUCCCAAAAAUAAAACAGCUCUAUGUUUGUUCCUUCAGUGAUAGUGAAAGCUGAAAUAGUGAAAGCCCUUGUUUAUUUAUUUAUUGAGUCCAGAGUGUCCACAUUGCAAGGUGACCAGAUCUGAUUUGUUUGCAUUAUAUUAUAUCACAUUUGCUUGAAUAUUCACACUGGGUUUUGUGGUAAUGGAGCAGGAUUUUGAGUAGUCUGGAGAAGAGGAAAGGUAGCUAGUUAGACAGCUUCCAACACAAAGAUUUCAGUUUGGAUUCUGUUUUCCAUAAAGGCAAUGUGCAGUGGGCCUCAUUUAUCAAUCUUUUAGUAACUUUGUGUGUAAAUAUUUCCAAACCGAACGAAGACUUCCUGCCAGAUUUACUAAUGUUUCGGUAACACUGAUUUUCUUGGUACUUGCGUGUGUACGUUGAUAAACAUCAACCAGUCAUAAAUUACCUAGCGUGUUCAUGGCACAGCUGGUUUACAUUUAGCCACGUCCACAAAACUCAAGCUCAGAGAGCUGAAAAUGACAAAAUGGUGAUUAAACAGUGAAAGAGUACCUCCUAAGCACAGCAUGCGAUAAAUCUUCCAGUAAUGCAGCAUGUUGGCUCCUACAGACACAAACUAACUCAUCCUCACUUUAUAGGUCGCCAUUCAUUUUGUCCUAAAUGACUAACUAGGCUUAUUUUUUUGUCUUAAUUUAUGGAUUUGUUUUAGAAUGCUUUCUUUCAAGUCAUUAACACGAAACAACCAAGUGUCACAAAAUGUUCGUCAAAUUUGUGCAUUUGUGCAAUUGAAAUAAAUAAGCAAUUUAAAUUAACAACAUAAUGUUUAUAUAAAAUUGCAGUAACUCAUCACCAGUUAAACAGUAGGAUUCUAAGCCAAUCAGCUGAAGUUCACAUUAGUGAGUCUCCUUGUAUAAACUUUACACAAACACAGGGGAUCUCGUAGGAUGCAAAUGUUUUUUUUUUUCUAAGCUAACUGGAUUUUCAUGAAAAGAAUAAUUUCAUUCAUAUCCAGUUUGUUAAAUGAGGCCCAGUGUUUCUUGUUGCUUUCACAGCAUCCAUAUUAUUGUUCAUGCAAAUUUCUAAUGCUAAGAAGGGCCCUGCUGAAUGACAAAAAAAUAAUCCUAUUUGACAGGUAAGCAAACAUUUAAUAUUUGAAAAAUAUUAAUUAGCAAUAUUAAAUUAGUGGAAAUUUAAUAAUAAUCUGCAGGUUGGAAAGUCAUAAUGGUUUAAAAAUAAUAAGCUGUAAAAUGUGAGCUCACACUCCAAACACAUACAUAGUAUACAUAGUAUAUACACCAUGGAAGCUUAUUGUGACUCACGUAAUGCAAGUUAUAACAUGCUAACAUCCAAGAACAGCACUUUAGAUAUGUUUAGACAAAAAGAGCUGUAUAUUUUAAUAUGGAAAUCUGUUCAGUUGGAGUGGCAUUCUCCUGCACUCUUGGUGCCUCACAGCUCCAGGGUUCGAUCCCGAGCUUUCUCCAGAUGCUCCGGUUGUCUCCCACCUCCCAAAACAUGCCAGUAGGUGGACUGGUUACUCUAAAUUAAAGCUCGGUGUGACCGAGUGUGUGAAUGUGAGUGCAUGCAUGGUGCACUGCGGUGGACUGGUGUCCCAUCCAGAGUGUAUUCUUGCCUCAUUCAUUAAGUUCCCAGGCAGACCAGAGCUCAGAGGAAGGGCAAAAUGGGCGGUAACCCAGGUCAAAUUUGAGCAUUUUGUGUAUGAUUUUUAUUUUCCAUUGUACAACCAGCAGUAAUCUUACUCAGAGUGCAGUUUGCCAGCCAGAGAGAAGAGGGAGACGUGUAUAUGUUAAAUGGAGUGGGGGAUUUUCUUUUUUUUUUUGCCAGUGGCAACUAUAAACAAAAACAUAGCAGAUCUGUUAGAGCGUUUAUCAGAUUAUUGUAUUAUUGAUCAUAGAGAAUGAGUUGUCGAUAAAAAGAAACAUUGAUAUCAGUAAUUGCCUGCUGGCUGCUCUGCUGUAUGUGAAGUAUAUUUUAUUUGUACUCAAUUGUAAUUGCCUUUAUAGUGCUUAAACCUAAAUGUUAUAGAACUAUUGGAGAAAAUACAACACAGUAUACCCUAUCAAGGGUCUUUAAUCCUAGUCAUAUAUACACCUGUUCACUCUCAUGAUUAAUUCACCAUUUAAACCUACAUUAUUGAUCAUUAUCCAUACUUUUUUGGUGUCUUUGUGUGUACGUGUGUGUGUGUGAAUUUCAAUUUGAAAUCUGCCCACUGUUUUCAUCACAAAUCUCUGUGGUCGAUCUGGCGCAGCUGCCAGCUAAGAUUGUUUUUAAAUGGUAUGCAGUCCGUAAUUUGCCAAACUGUCAUUCAUGCGCUGGUUAUGUUCAGUUAUAUGUUCAGCUUAUUUUUAUGCACAAACCACCCACAAGCCACAUUCCCUCACACACGGGCCCUGCCAAAAAAUACGGCCCUGGUCCACGCACCCCACUUGAGACCACCACGUUCCCAGGAUAGGUUCCAGAUCCACCCUGACCCUGAUAAAGUGGUUACUGAAGAGGAAUGAACUUGGUUUACAGAUGCUUUUGCAAAUUUACGAAUGCUACAAUAUAGCUAGCAUGGGUCCCUGGAGGACUAGUGGUUAGGCCACAGCGCUCUCACCGCUGCGGCCUGGGUUCAUUUCCCGACCAGGGAACCGACCCCAGCCACUGGGGUUGCGUGCAACAGUGCGCUCUCAGUGCUGGUCCCAAGCCUGGCUAAAAUUGGGGAGGGUUGCGUCAGCAAGGGCAUCCAGCGCAAAAACUGUGCCAAAUCAAAUACGGGGACCAAUGAUCCUCUGUGGCGACCCCUAAUGGGAGCAGCCAAAAGAGGAACAACAGCAACAACAGUAUAGCUACCAUAUGACUAGAUUCCUGGAUCAGUUAUUACAUACAGUAGUUGUGUUAUAUUGAAUGUCAUAUAAUUUAUGUAAUAUUAAACUGAAUGUAAUACAUAAUUAAAAAAAGAAGCUGCCUAGAAGUAGAAAGUGCCAGUUUUUGUGGCCGAUAUGACACAAGUAUCAUAGCACGUUUCUCAAAGACAUUUCUACGAUACGUUUUAUGUUUUGCGGUGUUGCGUAGCUUUGCUAACGAACUUCCAAUAAAACCGUAGUGUUGCACUAAAAAAAGACCCAGAUUUUUAAAUGAUGGUACUACAUGUGUACAAAAAUAACAUUGUGUUUAUAAAGAUAAAUAAAAAAAUUAAUACUGAACAGAAGAAAAAAAUGUAACUUUUACAAUUGAAAAGAUUAAACAAACAAAAUUUUUACAUCAAACCACCUUCUUCCCGUCAGUUUGUAAUUAUUAAAAAUAGUUUUUAAAAUUAUAUAAAAAUAUGUUUUAAAAAUCGUGUCAUCAUCGUAAUAUACCAUGACAUAAUUUAUCACGAUAUCGUCAUUAUAUCAGCAUAUCACCCAGCCCUAAUGUGAAGCUCGCUACUGCCAUUUUCUAUACUCUUCAUAUAUCAUCUAUCAGACAUACGUAUAGAUUUUAGACCGGCUCAGGAGAGGAGCAAAUGGUUUGUGUGUUUGUGUGUGUGUGAUAUAAUUCACUUAACGUGAGUGAGUGAAAGAUCAUUAUUUCAGUUCAGUUCUAUUUCAUAUUUCAUUGUAGUGCUCUGAAAUAUUUCUGCGCAUUAAUAAUUUAUGUGUCUGCUUGUCAUGGACAAAUAUCUCAUUUGAUCUGGCUCAGUCUUUUUGUGUGCAUACAUAGGUGUGUGUGUGUGUGUGUGUGUGUGUUGCUAUACUUCUGAGGUGUAAAGACUGAAUGUGAAUAAAAAGAUAUCUCCUUUUUUUGUACCAUAACACACCAAGCGUGUGUUUUCUCGAUGAAUUCUCCUGAUAUAAUGCAUUGUUCAACCCUAAUAAUUUCAACAUCAAGCUGUUGAUAGAUAUUAGAUUUUAGCUCUGCAUUUAAUGUCUAUAAAGUUUCAAUUUUGACUGUUAGGUUCUGGUUAUGUUUAAGGUCCAGGUGAAACUAGAGAGAUUUAUAGUGUCAGUAAUACAGUGUCAGUGGUGUACUUGGAGGGGAUUUUAGGUUUGAACUCCCCUGAAAUAUUUUAUGACAGUUCCAAAUGGUUAUUUACAGCUGGUUUACACACAUACAGUGCAGGAGGAACCAAUCAGGAUUGUUCCUAUUUCUGUUUGUAAUCUACCAGCAAGCUACACUACACUAAAUGUAUGUAAAAAAAAAAAAAAAAAAAGUACAAACCUCUACCCAAAUGUUUUCAAACUUCUCUGGAUUAUUCCUGGGAUACUUCCCAGAUCCCGUAUCUUGAGACUUGAUAGAACAAACUGCACAGCACCAUGACGGAAAAACUGACAUUAAUGAAUAACAUUACUCUCUGAGCUCUGGGAAAGCAGUGUCGAUGAGGUACGGGAGGUUUACUGCAGGAAGAGAAAAAGCUCAGAUAUAAUUUCCCCCUAUUACUAGAAUGUCACUUUAAUCAUUUUCAGUAGAACUGUCAUAAAGAUAUAUGAAGGUUAUUAAUAUAUAGGCCAAGGUUGGAUGACGGUGGAUGGUGCUUUUUCUAUAAUUCUGAAUACCAUCACCGCUCCUAAUGUUGUCUGGCAUCCACCCAAAAUACAUGAGCACACUGUUAUCAAUUCAAUUGUACAUUUCCUUGUCCUCCCCUGAAAUUAAUUCCUGGCUACACCACUGUAGUGUAUAUAUUAUCAGAAGUAUAGUAGUGCAAGUGUGUGUGUGUGUGUGUGUGUGUCUUUACAGCCUCAUAGUACUCAUUAUGUCAGCAAAAUUCAAAAGACAUUUAUACAAUACAUAGUGAAAUUGUACAAAACAUAUAAUCUCAAAAUCCAUAUAGAUAUAAAAUAUAUUGUGCACAAACUUUGGUUGUUCAUUUAAGGUUUUGUCAAAUAUGAGCACAUUCUGAUCUCUUGUGUACUGCAGAUCUCACGUUAACUAAUUAUAAAUAUGCAUCAUUCUGUUAUUUCUUUGACCCCUCUGUGUAAAAUUUGGAUGUAUGCAUGAAUGAUGAAACACCAUUUGUUGUCAACAUGCUUUGUGAUACAUGGGACUAAUGUAAUUCAUCACGACUGGUGGAUUUUUGCUUGAAAAAAUAAAUCAUCAUGUCAUGUGACAACUGCUAGAAAGACCUUACUGUGUAGGUAUCAUUAUAUGUACUAUGAAAUGUUCCUGAGAGUGUGUAUAAUAUAAUGAAAAAGACCGCAUUUUGUAAUGUCCUGUGCUGAUGGCUUUGAUUCCUGAAUGUGCUUCAGUGUUUAUUAAAAUGGCU